CUUCAUCUAGACAGUAGACUGUAGGCUUCAGAGAGGUUUUGAAGUUUCAACCUUUAACAAAAUAAUCAAAAGGAAAGCAAAAACCAUAUUCAUUUUCAGAUUAAUCCCACAUUUCUUCUUCAAAAUCCUCAAAGAUUCAUUGGUAUCUACUUUACUUUCAUGGCUAUUUUAUUCUUUACUUUUAUUCUGUAGUUGCUUCAUUUACCUAUUGCUUUCAGUUGAAUUUAAUUCUGCUUUCCUGCUCGAUAUUGAUGUCUUUUAUUCGUAUUUCAGCUUAUUUUAUUAUUGAUUUCUGUUAAACUUGCAAAAUUUAUAAUUUUCCAAUUCAAGUAGGUAAUUCUAUGUAAUUCAAUUUAUUUUUAAUACAUGCGUUGCAUGUUUAAUUUGAUCAAUGCUUUUGGGUUUUGGCUCCUGGAAAUUAUUUUUCAACCCCUGUAAUUUUUGUGUUUAAUCCCUUGUUAGUAUGAUACUUUCUUCAUAUUUAUGUGCUCUGUGACCGUGUGUGAUGUGUGAAAAGUUCUUCUGCAUUAUUUGGAAGUUUUGGCAUUCCAUAUAAAUUUGGUAAAACUGAUCCUUUUAGUCACUUUGUUUCUGUUUUAAUUAGGGUUAAUUGUCUAUAAAUACACAAAGUAUAACAAAUUCCAGUUUGUAACCAACACUAUAAUCUUAUUAAAAAAUCCAUGAACUAUCAAUUUUGGGGAAUUCAGCCUAAAUUAGAAUUUCAUCCACACUUAAUAUUACAUGGAAGUCGGAAUUUAAUUAUGUGGGAUCAAUUCUGGCGAACAGAUCAGUUUGGCGUGCAGAUUUAAAGGAACAUAUGACUUCUGAAUUACCAUGUAAUCAAUUCCCGACUUCCACAUAGGAUUACAUGUGGUCGGAAUUCUAAUCUAGACAGAAUUCCGGAGAAUUAAAAGUUCGUGUUUUUUUAAUAGGCAUUUAACCUAAUUAUAGAAAGGGUUAAUGCCGUGAAAAACCAUGAACUUUGGUGCGAUUUCAAAACUUUCCAUGAACUAUUUUUUUUAUCCAAUUUUCCAUGAACUUAAGGGGUUGAACAAUUUUUCCACGAUUUUCAAAAAUCCCCAAAUUGAGUGCUGACAUGGCAUUUUUAAGUGGCCUGAAAAGUGACACGGUGUCACCGGCGGUGAAUCAAAACGACGCCGUUUUGAGCCCAAAACUCUCUCUCUCUCUCUCUUUCUCUGCGUGUGUGUGUUAGUGGUCGAGCUCGCCAGAAAGAAGGUUUUCCGUCUCCGUGGGCAGAGCUCUUCCAACCACCUGGUACUGCGGAGGGGGGCGGCGGAUCUGCGAGGUGGUGGGGGAGGGCGGCGGAUCUGGUGUGGUGUGGGGGAGGGCGACGCGAGAUCUGGGGAAGAAGAAGAUUUUUUGAGGGAGAAGAAGUCGAUGGCGGCGAUGGAUGUUUGGGGAUCUGGUGUGGUGGACGACGGUGGUGGAGGUCCGGAGAGAAGAAGAAUUUCUGGAAUGAUGCGAGGUCUGCGGUGGACGGCGGCGGUGGAGAUUCGGAAUCAACCGAAAAUUGCUCUGGGUCCUGUUCAUCGUCAACAAAAGGGGGAAAAAGAGGGGUGGUGUGAGGUCGGCGGCGCGAGAUCUGGGGAAGAAGAAGAUUUUUUGAGGGAGAAGAAGUCAAUGGCGGCGAUGGAUGUUUGGGAAAGAAGAAGAACGAGGGACGGAGGUGACUGGCGCGGCGGAGCCAGAGCAGAGCUGCUCUCGGCCAGAGCAGAGCAGAGCAGAGCCACGUAGGCGCCAUGUCAGCUCGGUAUUGCCACGUAGGGGCCAUGUCAGCUCGAUAAUGCCACGUAGGCGCCACCUAAGACCGGACAGUCACCGGAGCACAUGCGCCAAGAACGUAGUCUGCUUAAUCGGGAACGUGCGGAGACAGACGAUUGUCCGUGUUUCUGAUGCGUUCCAACACUCAUCGUGCUGUUGCUGCACCUUCAACAAACAUGGCAGACUAAAUUAUUUCACCACCAAUGCAAAGUCUAAUAGCUUUCAAGCAUUUAAGGGCGACUCUUUUGGAUGCCAUUCGCUCACAUUUAAAGGUCUCGUUGGUCCUAGACGUUAUGGGAAGGUUCAUGUCAAUGUUGGAUACGAGGAUACAAAUUUGAGACUUUUGAUGGGCAGACGAAACCGGGCUUCCAAAGUUAAAUGUAGCGUAGGACCUUUUUCUUUUAGGCAGCGCGGUGUAUCAGCCGGCUUUCUUAUUGGACUAAUGGUUUGUUUUUCGACCGCUCAACCUUCGUAUGCUGAGUCACCCGAGGGAAAUGAAACGAGAGGAAAUUCUUCCUCCAGCAAUUCAAAUAACAAGAAAGUCCUGGCUGACUACUGUGUGAUUGGUAUACCUGGAGACGGGAGAUGCUUGUUCCGUUCUGUUGCUCAUGGAGCUUGCAUACGACUUGGAAAUCCAGCACCAAACGAGGAUGCCCAAAGGGAACUAGCUGAUGAGCUACGGGCUAGAGUGGCCGAUGAGUUUAUCAAGAGACGAGAAGAAACAGAAUGGUUCAUAGAAGGCGAUUUUGAUAAAUACAUCUCACAAAUAAGGAAGCCUCACGUGUGGGGAGGUGAACCCGAAUUAUUAAUGGCUUCUCAUGUUCUCCAGAUGCCAAUCACUGUAUACAUGCGCGAUGAAGAUUCUGGUGGCUUGAUAUCUAUAGCCGAGUACGGGCAAGAAUACGGAAAAGACAAUCCCAUUAGAGUUCUUUAUCAUGGAUACGGUCACUAUGACGCUUUGCACCUUCUUGGUAAAGGAGGGGCGAGGCCUCGACUUUGAGACUCCUGCUCGGACGCAAUAGAAAGGACUUUUCGACUGAGUUAGAACUUAGAAGCUACUCUUCAGCUCCAUAACUGCAGUCCUGGUUAAUAUAUGAGUUUCAUGUACACUAACACUACUUUCUCACGUGUGUGUGUUGGCCUAGUGGUAGAGUGAUUAAUAUUUGAGGCGAAAGGUCUCGUGAUGCGAUGUAUGCUGACUGCUGCUUGUUGCAUCUCGGAUACCCUCAGCCAAUGAGGAGAAGAGACAGAAUGUAAUGUUGAUGGACCACCAUAGCACUUGUGUGAAGGUGCAUUUUGUAUUGUCUCUUUUGCAUAUUCUUUUUUGAAAAGUCUUUCCUAUGUUUGAGAUGUAAUAAAAGGGUAUGUGCUGUGUGUUCCACUAUGAGGGCAGAAUUGGAAUUUUCCGCUUCUGUUUUUAUCA